AGGAGCUCGGCCAGUGAGGAAGGAAGUUAGUGAUUUGUUGUUAUGAACCGAACAAACUUUUAUUCCACUGACACUGUUCGUUAAACCUUUUUUUAUUCUGCCACGUCUUCGUCGGGAUGGAGUCUGAUCUGGUGGGAUAUGCUUACGCUGUGCUGGUUGCUUCCGGCGGUGUUAUCGGCUUCGUCAGAGCAGGCAGUGUCGCCUCCCUCUUUGCUGGACUUCUGUUUGGGGCGGCAGCAUGGAUGGGGGCCUACCGACGAUCCCAGAACUCCCAAAACUACCGGCUGUCAUUGGGGACGUCAGCAGUGCUGGCCGCGGUGAUGGGAUUCCGCUUCCUGAACUCGGGGAAAUUCAUGCCAGCAGGACUCGUAGCAGCAGCCAGUGUUCUGAUGUUAGUGAGGCUUUGUGUAUCCCUGCUGAGGAAACGCCAUCCAGACACGACCAAGCAAUCAUGAUCAUUGAGACACGACCAAGCGAAUAUGAUCAUUGAGACAUGACCAAGCGAUCAUGAUCAUUGAGACACGACCAAGCGAUCAUGAUCAACCAGACACGACCAAGCGAUCAUGAUCAACCAGACACGACCAAGCGAUCAUCAUCAUCCAGUGAUGUAAUCGAGAACGCUUAUUCCAAGACCAAUACCAAGACAGGGCGAGACCAAAUCAUGACUGGAGACAGAC